CUUUACCCGCGAACGCGUAUAAAUAACGGCCCACCAAAGGCGCCACUCAACGCCUCUCCGCAACGGAAAAUUAAGAAAAAAAGAAAACGAAAUCGCAAAGUUCGGGUCCGAGAUCCGGCGAGCCUCGUCGGGUUUCGACCACCUCAAUUCGAAUCAUUAGUUUUGGAGCUCCGAAACGCAUCGUUUCUCUCCUCUCGUCGACUUCGAGUUCUCCGACAAUGAAGGGGUCCGGCAGUCUGGUCGCGUCGGUGGUCGCCGCGUCGACGGUGGCUCUGACGACGUCGUCACCGUCGGCUCUGACGACGUCGUCACCGUCCAACCAGGGUUCUUCUUCCCCGGCGACGAAGAACGGCGGACAAAAUUCGAAUACGGCGUCGGAUAAGGAUAAAUUCGAGCCGAGAUUCGACGGGUUGAGGUUCAUUGAGACGCUGGUGACGGCGCACAGAUGAUUAAUUUGACGGCGGAGCACUGGAGUCAAUUGUCAGCCC